CUAUAUAUCAAGUCAUCAAACCAUAUAAGAGCUACACUAGAAGGCGAUUUUGCCUGCACAGCGCGAGCGGCAUAACUGCCCGCAACAUCGCAAUCCAUCACCUUCUUUUCUGCGUGGAUUUGGUUUAGCUGGUCGCCUGGAAUCCCUCAGUGCGCAUCACGAUGAUAUAGCUAAACUGGCGGUGCUUAGUGGGCGUGGGAAGAUAUCAGAAGGCUGAGCCAUCACCAUCGACCAGUCCAUUGACCACACGCCUCGCCACCACCAAUCACAAGGCGCUCAUUAGCUGGGCACAAUGACCUCUCCAACAAGCACAUAUCGUCCAAUCAUGAAGGCCGGGGGGUCCGCCCUGUUGCUGGCAUUGCUGGCAGCAUUGGGGUUGGGCGUCGGUGCACGCCACGUGCGCCUGCUGCAGUCACAGCCGGCACGGUCACCCACACCCGCUCAUCACCAAACCGCCGGCUGCCCCCAGUCCCCUGUAGCUUUCCUCCAGAAGACACACAAGGUGACUCAACGGUUCCUGGACAGCGCCGUGCUGGCCAAACAGCAGGUGCAGGAGCGGUGCGGCGGAUACCACCGGGUGCUGUACGCGAUAACUGAUGACUUGGGUCCGGCCAACUCGACCAAGGCAAUUGCUGUAGCGGCGGACCUGAAGGCUCUGCGGGCGACGCUUGGGGAGGAUGGCGUAAUCGCACUUGGGCCCCAAGACUUCUCCACCACUUUCGGUUUUGAGUGGAAUAAGUUCCCAAUACCCGGCCGCUUCACGUGGAACCACUGUGAUGCACCGGAGCUCGUGUGGUUCGACCUGUUCAGUCGGGAUCUGGACCCGGCCAUCAAGCACGUGUGGGCGGCGGAGUACGACGUGGCGUGGACCGGCGACAUCGCGGGCGUGUUCGGGACCUUCCCUGAGCGGCCCGACUUCAUUUGCAGCCACGACUUCAAAUCUGGCGGCACAAACAUUGGAUCCGGCUGGUCCAACUACCAUCUGCGGACCUGGCUGCAGGGCACUGAGGUGAAGCAGUGCUUCAUCAUGCUGGCGCGUUACAGCCUGCGCUACAUGCGCGUGUUCUGGGAGGAGACCCGCAUGGGGCAUCUCCAAUUCUGUGAGAUAUCUGGAGCUGCAAUCUGCAGCAAACACCACACGUGGUGCCAGAUCCACUCGUUCGACCAGCACAGUGACGUGGUGGGGCGGGACAGCAAGGGCGGCUCGCUCUUCCACUUCAGCAGCCACAUUGCUGAGGAGGAGUGGCGGAGGCAGGUUGCGGCGUUUGGGGCGGCCCAGGCGACAAGCACUCUGAACGGCAGUAGUGCAGCCGCGGGGGCGGCCCCGAGUGGGAAUGGAAAGCAUGACAAGAUGCCGGGCCACAUCUUUCACGCAUUGAAGUGGUGAACCAGGUAAAGCAAUAAGGGGCCAUCAGGUAUGGAGGCAUUACAUGUUCCCGCAAUGUUGUGAACGAAUUUGACAGGUGAGUUGUAACUGUCGGGGUUGGUUAGUAGUGAUGAGCUGGGGCGUGGCAGACGUGCACCCGCGUGCACCGGCUGAAGACUGGAACCGCCGGAUGCAGUAUCCAAGCUUCUGUAUGUACCGCAAGCUUCUGUAUGUACCGCAAGCUUCUGUAUGUACCGCCAGGUGUUUGUCAGUCGGUGACGAGUACGGCGGAGUGCAAUGGUGCGUCGGCAAUUGUGGUAGCUGCGUACGUGCGUGUCGAGCUGGGCGCUCACCACGGCGCUCACUCGUGGCAACCAGUGGCAACAGCAGUCGAAGGUCCGCCGGCGCCCUCAGGCCAGGGUUGAAUCAGGCUGUCGUGAAUAAUUAUGAUUGUUAGCAAUAUAUUGGUGCUGAGGAACAAAGUGCACGGGCAGUGGCAGGCAGCGAUGGGGAGGGGGCAGGCCAUUUGGGCCAGGGGGGGCGGGGGGAUGUGCACGGGGGAUGCGCGGCGUGUAGUCCUCACAUACUGCAAGCUCUGCGAUCUGCGAGGUGCCAAGUCGAUCAAAGAGUUCAUUAUGGUAUCACAAUACAAAAUUUCAUCGAAAAUCGGCUCAGUUCAAGUCUGCUGCAAUCGUCGCGGGUUCCGCCUGAAUCCGUCGCGGCCGUCAACUUCUGGUGAAACGCGUUCAGGCGACAAAUGAAGAAAUGUAAGCAUACAAAGAA